CACAGCUGCGCUGCCUCCCCGACAGACGACGCGCAGAGGGACAGAAAGCGGAGCGGAGCAGCAGGUAGACAGUAACACGGUGACGGCGUUUUAACGGGAAAAACUGAGUUAGAAACGGAACAACGCAACGCUCUCCCAGUUCUCCGUCAAGGAGCUUUACGCGCCGCGCUUGGAGACGUUUUACGCGUCGGGGUGCGCGCGGCGGAGAGCCCACCUGUGCGGACGAAGGUAGAUUUCAACAUUUCUAGAAUGUGAGUCUGCCCGAUUUAUGUGGAAAUAAAGGAGUGAACCGUGUGCUUGAGCUCGACACGGAACCGCGGGGGAAGACUUGGCCUGGUUCGGAGAUGAUGAGUCCUGAGAGGAGCGGCAGCGCACAGGCUUCACUGCACUGAGGCUUUCCAGGAAAAAAAUACAACUUUUUCCACUGUUCCACGCCGAGGAUGGAUGGAGAACAUUUUGCGCUGUCAGGAGUUGAACGGGAGAGAGAGAAACUGCCACCGAUUUACACCAGCUCCGCUCCUGCGGGUUUGGGGCGAGGAGCCAAGCAGCCGUUCCCGUCGCUGGGCAGCUUCAUCUCCACGCUGAGCCAGAGGAGGGAGGCGGUGGGGGGGCGGAGCUUAGCCGGCGCCGCCACCGCCGCCCCGGGCCUCCGACACGGGAGAGAGCUGCCGCCGAUCUGCAGCGACGUCCGUCAGAAGCAGAGGCUCUCCAUCGACACGCUGCCUCCCGAGGUCAAAGCCCCGUUCCCCUGCGACCCCGUCAUCCCCCUGCGCACCAAGACCACCAAGGAGUUCCAGGAGGACAUGGAGCGUGCGCUGCAUUCAGGUGACUGGAGGGAAGUCAGGGAAUUUUACCUGACCACCUUCGACUCUUUCAUAGAGAUAAACGCUGCCUUCAAGCGAGAGGCGAAUGGAUCCUUUAACACCAUCGACGACUCAGGAGUCAACGCCAAGUUUGUCAACGCUGUUUAUGACGCACUGCUCAGCACUCCUCAGGACAUCCAGAAGUCGGUUCUGAAAGGAAUCAUCAACAGUCUGCUGAGGGAGUGGAAAGGGCCUCGAACUAAAGACGACCUGAGAGCCUAUUUCAUCCUGGUGCAGAACCCUCAGUACUCCAGCACCAGCACCUAUGUGAUCUACGCUCACCUGCUGAGGCAGAUCGCCGCUCUGUCCGAGGCCGACCACCACUUCCUGGUUCACUGGCUCAAGAAGCUCUCGGCCAGGCGCUUCAGGCAGCUGGUGGAGCGCCUCCUGCAGUUCAUCUCCACUCGUCUGUUUCCUGCCGAGCCCGACGAGCUUCCUCCUCUGGCCAAAUGCUCCUGGUGGAUUCCCUCAGCCACCAAAGUGCUGGGCCUGUUCAACGCCGCCAACAGCGUCUCGUCUCCUCCCAUCAUGCCUUUCACCGACUUCUACAACAUCACCCUGGAGCACAUCGACUUCAUGGAGCAGUACAGGACCUGGCAGAGCCACGGCAACUCCAACAAGUUUUCUUUCUGCCAGUUUCCCUUCAUCUUGUCCACGGUGGUGAAGAAGGCGAUCAUUCAGAGAGACUCCGAGCAGCAGAUGAUCAGUGAGGCCAGACAAAGCCUGGUCAGUAAGGUUUCUCGCAGGCAGAGAGUGGACAUGAACCUGCUGUUCCUCAACAUUAAAGUACGACGAGCACAGCUGCUGAGCGACUCACUGGAUGAGUUGACGAGGAAGAGGUGCGACCUGAAGAAGAAGCUGCGGGUGACGUUUGUGGGCGAGGCCGGCCUCGACAUGGGAGGCCUGACCAAGGAGUGGUUCCUGCUGCUGGUGCGACAGAUCUUCCACACCGACUACGGCAUGUUCACCUACCUGAAGGACUCGCGCUGCCAUUGGUUCAGCAGUUGGAAGUGUGACAACUAUUCUGAGUUCCAGUUGGUCGGGACUCUGAUGGGCUUAGCAGUUUAUAACAGCAUCGCUCUGGACAUCCACUUCCCUCCUUACUGUUACAGGAAGCUCCUGACUCCGCCUACUGCACCAUGUGACCAAAACGCCCUUGUCGGCAUGGCGACGGCCACCCUGGACGACCUGCAGCAGAUCAUGCCGGAGCUGGCUCACGGUUUGGGAGAGCUGCUGAGCUACGAGGGAAACGUGGAGGAAGAUUUCUACCUCACCUUCCAGGUGUUCCAGGAGGAGCUGGGCGUGGUCCGCUCCCACAACCUGAAGCCUAGCGGAGACAAAAUCCCCGUCACCAAGCAGAACAGGAAAGAGUACGUCCAGCUCUACAUUGACUUCCUGCUGAAUAAAUCCAUUUACAAACAGUUUGCCGCCUUCUACCAUGGCUUCCACAGUGUGUGUGCCUCCGAUGCACUCAUGCUGCUGCGGCCGGAGGAGGUGGAGAUGCUGGUGUGUGGCAGCCCUGAGCUGGAUAUGAGCGCCCUGCAGAAAGCCGCUCAGUACGAAGGAUACAGCAAGACGGACACCACCGUGCGCUGUUUCUGGGACGUGGUGCUGGCCUUCCCUCUGGAGCUGCAGAAGAAGCUCCUGCACUUCGCCACAGGAAGCGACCGCGUCCCCGUCGGAGGAAUGGCCGACCUCAACUUCAAGAUCUCCAAAAUCGACGUCCCGACUGACUGGUUGCCGAUCUCUCACACCUGUUUUAAUCAGAUCUGUCUGCCUCCGUAUCGAACCAGGAAGGAGCUCAAACACAAGCUCACCAUUGCCAUCUCCAACGCCGAGGGCUUCGGCCUCGAGUGACCGGCACACGCACACACACGCGUGCGCACACACACACACACACACACACAC